UAUGUCAGACAGAGUGACUAGAAAAGGAAAAAGUUAACCAUAGAAAGAAGAACCAAAAUAAGCAAAGAAAUAAAAGGUUUAAAAAGAGACUUAUGAUGUUGUCCAAUUAUAGGAUAUGGGUAAUAAAUUUAUAUAUAAAUAAUAGCCCAUCAAUUAAGGAUACAUUCAAUUGAGAUGACAAUUGCAUCUAAUUCUGGACAUCCAACAUCAUGUGCAUCUAUGGCAGAGAUUAUGGCAGUGCUAUUUUUCACAAAGGCAGGAAUGCAUUUUAAUCCAAAAGAUCCAGGAGUACUUAGUAAUAGUGAUUUUAGAAUUUUGGAAAUGAUAGAUUUGUACUUUCUAAGGGACAUGCAGCUCCAAUUCUUUAUGCUGCUUGGUCAAUGGUUGGUUAUAUUGAUAGUAAAGAAUUAUUGAAUUUGAGAAAGAUCGAUUCAAUAUUAGAAGGUCAUCCAGUUCCAAAGUAGAUAAUAUAUUUUAUAUUUAUAUAGAUUACCUUUUGUUGAUGUAGCAACAGGAUCCUUAGGAUAGGGAUUAUCAGUUGCAGGUGGUAUGGCUUAUUCAUCUAAAUUCUUGGACAAAAUAAAUAAUAGAUACUGGGUAUUGAUGGGAGAUGGUGAAAUAGCAGAAGGAUCAGUAUGGGAAGCAGCUCAUUUAGCUAGUCAUUACAAAUUAGAUAACAUUACAGCAAUAGUAGAUGUAAAUAGAUUGGGACAAUCUGAAGAGACCUCAAUUGGUCAUGAUGUCAAUGUUUAUAAGAAGAGAUGGGAAGCAUUUGGAUGGAAGACUUUUGUAAUAGAUGGACAUAAUUUGAAUUAAUUAACUGAUGCUUUUGAUUAAGUAAGUGAUUCCAGAAAUAUUGUUUCUAGUGUAGAAAUGUUAAGAAUUAACCACAAGUUAUAAUUGCAAAAACAUUCAAAGGCAAAUAUUUGGAAAUGGAGAACAAAGAAGAUUGGCAUGGAAAACCAGUUCCAUAAGCAUAAGUGGACUUUGUUAAAAAACAAAUGAAGUAAUAGGAUGGAUUUACACUUACUCCAGUAGUUCCUACAUAAAUAGAAAAGCCAUAAUAAAGUCAUUUUACAUUGGAAGUCAAUUAUGCAGUUGAUGGCAAAUAAUCAACAAGAGAAGCAUAUGGAAAAGCUUUGGUAGGGUUGAGUAAAACAGAUGCUAAUUAAUAAAUUGUUGCAGUAGAUGGAGAUACUAAAAAUUCAACAUUCUCAAUUAAAUAUAAAGAAGCAGUUCCAACUAAUUUUGUAGAAUGUUUUAUUGCUGAAUAAAAUAUGGUUGGUUGGGCAUAAGGAUUCAGUUGUAGAGGAAAAGUAGCAUUUGCAUCUACAUUUGCUGCUUUCUUUGCAAGAGGUUUUGAUCAAAUUAGAAUGGGAGGAAUAAGUGGAUCUUAAGUUAAAUAUAUUGGAUCACAUGCUGGUGUUUCAAUUGGUGAAGAUGGACCAUCUUAAAUGGGUUUAGAAGAUAUUGCAAUGUUUAGAACUAUACCAAAUUGUGUUGUUUUAUAUCCAUCUGAUGGAGUAUCUGCUGAAAGAGCUAUUGAAUUAGUUGCAAAUCACAAAUCUCCUUGUUAUGUUAGAAUGAGUAGACCAUCAUUACCUAUUUUGUAUUCUAAUAAUGAAGUCUUUGAAAUUGGAAAGUAAAUAUUAUUAUGUAUACUAUUAUUUAGAUCAAAAAUAUUAAAAUAAAAUGAUGAUGAUAAGAUCUUAUUAAUUGGUGGAGGUGUUACUACUCAUGAAAUAUUUAAAGCAGCAAAAUAAUUGAGUGAAUAAGAUAAGAUACAUGUCACAGUUUUGGAUCUAUUCUCAGUUAAACCUAUUGAUCAUGAUGGUAUUCUUAAUGCUGCCAAUAAAACUAGUUUGAAAACAAUACUUGUAGUUGAAGAUCAUUAUAGUGAAGGUGGACUCUUUGGUAAAUUAUUAUUAUAUAAUCAUAUUAGAAGCUGUAUCAUCUUGUUUAAGUUUGAACAAUGAAAUAAAAAUACAUUCCAUCCAUGUAGACAAAGUGGCUAAAAGUGGUACUCCAGCAUAAAUGUUAUCAUUGUAUCAUUUAGAUGCUGCAGGUAUUAUUGUUAAAGUCAAGUCAAUUAUUUAAUGACG